UUCAAGUCUCAGCCUUGCCCCACUACCACCAUACAGAUCGCCGACCGAUAAGUGCCAACAACCAAUUCACGUUCACAACCGAAGUAUACUCUAUCUCAUUGACUCGACCACGAUCUUUACAUCAUGCCACCAGUCAGAUCCCACGGUUCGAGAACGAAGAAGCCGCCAGAGGGUUUCGAUGACAUCCGUGACGAUCUCGAGAUCUUCAGCAUCAAGAUGAAAGACGCGCAAAACACGCCUACAAAUAACAUUCCUAAGCACCAAGCUCAAUGGCCUAUAUUCCAAAUAUCCCAUCAGAGAAGCCGCUAUGUCUACGAGCUAUACUACGAAAAGGAGGCCAUCAGCAAACCAUUAUACGACUGGUUGCUCAAGAACGGGUAUGCCGACGCGAUGCUGAUCGCUAAGUGGAAGAAACAAGGAUAUGAGAAGUUGUGCUGUCUUCGCUGCAUCCAGACCAAAGAGACGAAUUUUCAAUCGACGUGUGUCUGCCGAGUGCCCAAGGCACAGCUGAAGGACGAGCAGGAUAUCCAAUGCGUCAGCUGUGGCUGCAGGGGCUGCGCUUCGAGCGAUUAGGUUACGAUUUCUGCGUUCUUGUACUGGCUAGGUACUCUUCAUGGCAUUAUGGCGUUAGGGUCUAUAUCGCGGCCGAGUUAAUUCUGCCGGCUUCAGGCAUUAUUACUAUUACACCGAUUCGGAGUACUGGCGAUCUGUUAUCACAUAUUCUGGUGCAUGAAUUACGAGA